CCCAGCGCAGCACGCCUCCCCAGCGCUCGCGGCCGGCGUCGAAGGCGAAACCACGGCGCGCGCAGAACGCCUGCGACUCGUGCCGCCGGAGAAAGAGCGACAGCGAGCUCAGGCCGGGUGCUCGGUGCACGUACUGCACGCAGCACGAUCUGGAUUGCACGCACAAGGACUAUGUGAAGGCCCUGUCUUCGUCGAAUGGCUACGUCGAGGCGCUGGAGAACCGCGCCGAGAAGAUGGAGAAACUGCUGCAGAAGCUCCUCCCCGGGAUCAAUUUCGCCGAGCACAUGGAGAAAAACAUCGACGUCUCGCCUCUGAAUCUUCUCAAUGAAGAAGCGCUCCCUAGAAACGACGACACCCACGAUCUCACAGGCACGCUGCAAAAGCUGACUAUGCAUCCGGAACGACAUCGGCAUUUCGGGAAAUCUAGCAGCAUCCAACUGCUCCAGACGGCGCUCGAUUUCACGACGGGGCGCACGGGCAUGAUCAAGCCGGGGGUGCAGGUCUCACUCCUGCCGCAUAAGAGAAACGAGUUCUGGACUCCAGCGCCGUGGAGCCAGCCCACAGGGCAAGCCAACCCACCGCCAGAAUACGCGUACCCGGACGCGGAUCUGCUCGUGUCCCUGGUCGAUCUGUUCUUCGAGCACGUGAAUCCGUACUGGCCGCUGCUUCACGAGCCGACGUUCCGCGAGCAUCUCGCCGCGGGGCUGCACCGGCACAACCACAAAUGGGGCGCGACGCUGAUGCUCGUGUGCAGCCUCGGCGCGCGGCACUCCCACGACUGCCGCGUGAAUCUGGAGGGCGGCACGGACUUUCAGUCUGCAGGCUGGCGGUGGCACUGUCAGGUCCACGUGAUCACGAAGCAUCUGGUGUUCAAGCCCGAUCUGUAUGAGCUCCAGGCGAUCGUGCUGUCGUCUCUGUUUCUCUUCGUCAUCACGCCGUCUGCGGGGACCUGGACGCAGAUCGGAUUCGGGAUCCGGAGGGCUCUCGAUGUCGGAGCGCAUCGACGAUCGUCCCAAGCAGGUCCCACCGCUGAGAAUGAAAGCUGGAAGCGAGUUUUCUGGAUGCUAUCAUGUAUCGAAUGGCUCUCAGGAACGGUCACAGGACGACCCAUCUCGUUGCUCUCGGCCGAUUUCGACCAGGAACUGCCGAUCGAAUGCGACGACGAAUACUGGGCCGCGCCUGGCCCCGACCAGUUCAAGCAGCCGGAGAACGAGCCAUCACGCAUGAGGUAUUUUUCCCAUCUAAUCAAGCUCAUGGACAUCCAGGCGACUGUCACAACGACGAUCUACGCUGCUCGUGCACCAAAAAAGCUGUAUGGCUUGCCAUUGCCGUCGUCGGACGCGAAAGUGCUGGCCACAUUCGACUCUUAUCUCAACGGGUGGAUGUCCACAGUCCCUGAACAUCUCAAGUGGGAUCCCGAUCGCCCGAAUCCGGUACAUUUCCGGCAGUCUGCCCUGUUGUACACGAUGUUUUACAGCGUGCAGAUCUGCGCCCACCGACCAUUCAUUCCAGGGCCGUCGAAGCCGCCAGAUGCCAACGCGCUGCCGUCCGCGAGCAUCUGCUCCAACGCCGCCCGUUCGUGCCUGCGCGUGAUUACAGCGAUGGACAGGCGCAAGAUUCCAUUCCAUCUUCAUUUCAUGCCCGUGCUGUUUACGUGUGGUAUCGUGCUCAUGCUCAACUCGUGGCGAUACAAAGCGACUGGGAUGGAGUCGAAUGCCGCCCGGGACUUGGAGGCCGCCCGGGCGUGCCUGGCUCUCAUGUGGAUAUCGGAGGACCGAUUCCUGGUGGCUGGCCGACUCGCCGACAUGCUGAACAGACUGAUCCACGCAGGCGAAAUGAUUCACGCCAGCCCGAACAGGGCUGUGCCCCAGCAAGACCACCAGCGCGCCGAUCCUGCCACGAUCGCGGAAUGGGCGCGGUUUUUCACGGACGACGGCGUC